UUUAGGGACGCGUUCUUCCUUGUGUGCGGAGAGCAUUGAUUUACCUGAAUGAAAGUUUCCCUUUGCGACGAAGCUCUCGCUACCGUACUCACUGAACUACUUGGUGGGGCCAUAUUGUCCCUUCGGAACGGACUUAUCGAUUCGGAACAUGAAAGAAUGAUUGUUCAAAGCAAAACAUUUCUCACCCUGAAGGAAACGAUCGUGAAGUGUAUAAUUCGAAAUACAGACUCCAAGACCAGUAACUUGGCAAGGUGCGCAACACGAUCCUUUACUGUGUCUACGCAGUAUGGAGGUUCACCAAAUGGGCAUGCAUUCGUCAGUGGAACAUCCUAAGGCAACGGACUGUUUUGGUGCAGUCCUCUCACGCGGCGGCGACCGAAUGUUCUGCCAGGAUCGCAAGCUUUGCCGGGUCUCUGGUUGGCUACGGCUAGUGUUGCCCUGACUGUCAAACUUGCAUACUGCGUAGUUUUAUCAAAAUAACUUCAGAUUUCAAUUUGACCGGCCAAGCUUUCCAAUUUUAGAAGAGCAAGAUCAUGUCCAGCAGACACUCGUUCUCUCAUGACCACAAUCAAGAGGAAGAUCGAAGAGAAACGCACUGUUUUGCCAGUGCUCAUCAUGAGACAGAUGUCAGGCCGCCUUGCGGACCUCCGCCAGUUUCAGGGUAUCUCAAAAAUCGGUAUUUUGACACAAGGGGUGUCGACGAAUACUUCCUUAGAAAUCGUGGACUUUCUUGAUUUCCAACAGAUAUCGUUGUUAAAUAGAUGUCGACAACUACCAGAAAUUCGUGCGCGUUUAGAGAAUGCCACAAAAAAGCUUAGCAGCUUCUUAACCCAGAUUGAUUCGCAAGGGUUAUUUGAAAUCACCGCUAAGCAACAGUGAUGGAUUUGCUCUUCGGCACUCUUCGGCUGAUAGUUUUUGCAUGAAAUAAAUUAAAUUAUAUGUUCAGGAAUAUUCUUCCUAGGAAUAUUUUUUGUCGGAUAGAAAACCUAGCCUUCUCUUUGAUUGAUUGUAUUCUACUUGCU